GCAGGCAUUCUGCUGGUGUGGACUCGCCGAUGGAAAUCCAGCUGGUUAGAGUGAAAGAAGAGGCAACUCCAGGAUUGCCCCCCGUCUGCCCGCUGUGCCAGGAGGAGCUGCCGAGUCUUACUGGGCCCAAAGGGCAGGCUCCACAAUGCCAGGGCUGCAAAAGCCUCUUGGUCGAGCCCCGGGGAUGGUUGCCUGGCAACCAAGAGGCCCUGUCCUUCCUUGCCGAGAGGCCUUACAGCUGCUCCUUCUGCCCCAAGCGCUUCAAGAGGGCCUCAGACCGACGCGACCAUGAGCGGGUACAUACAGGCGAAAGGCCUUAUGGCUGUGGCAUCUGUGGCAAGCGUUUUACUCAGAGCUCAGUGCUCUCUGGCCACAUGCGCAUUCAUACUGGCGAGCGGCCCUUCCGCUGCGGCAUCUGCUUUAAGUCGUUCAACAACGGCUCCAACUUCCGCAAGCACCAGCGCAUCCACGGACAACCGUUUGGCUACGGCGACAAGGCAGGCGGCGGGAAGGACUGUGCCUUCCUACCUGAGAAGAAAUUGAGCCAGCUGGCGGAAAGACAAGGUGGCUACAGUAUAAGCCCUGGCCUGCCACCCAGACAAAAUGGCUGCCAGGUCGUCAAAGAACUGAGGGAAGGCGAGAACAAGAGAGGCCGUGACCCAAACAGCCCUUAUGUGAAUGGCUUUAGCCAGGAUAGCGGCCUGAGGCAACCUGGUGAUGAUGUGGACCAUUUCAAGCAAAGUAGACUAAGGGAAGAUAAUGCUAGUUGUGGCUCUAACCGUGAACUGAGGCAAAGUGGCCAUUUUAAGGAUCUAAGGCAGGCAAGUGAUAGCAAAAGUGGACUGGGGGGAAAUGGUGGCACCGGCCAGGGACCGAUGCAAAAUGGCCACAGUUUCAGACGCCAAAAGUAUGUUGGUGGUGAAAAUCCCACUACAGGCCUGAGGCAAAAUAGAGCAGAGGGAAGCCACACUCAGGGAGAACAGAAGCAUCAUGUCGGCAGCCACAAUGGCAAGCUACUGUUAGACGACGGCAUUUGUGGGAAAGGCCUUUUGGAAGCUGGUAGCCACAAGCUGAGUCAAGAGAGUGGAGUUGUGGGCUGUUUAGUAAGGAGAACAAAUGAAGACUACCUCAAGGGCCCAAAGCAUAGUAGUGGGGAGAGCAUUGGUGCCCACAUAAAGCAGAAUGGUAGAGGGGAAUGCCCUGUCAGCGCACUGAAUCCAAGCAGGCGCCUCAGUACCUCAGUGUCGAGACAAAAUGGCCACCAUGGAAUCGCUUCCCAUGACCUCAGACAAAAUGGUGCUGGCCACUUCAGAUUGCUGAGGCAAGAUGGCAGCAGCAACAAGCAGAAAGAGGUGGCAUUUCAAGCGUGUGCCCCGGGGAAGAUUAAUGCUCUCACAGCAAAAGUGUCUGUCUGGUCCUGUCCUGAUUGGGAAGAGACCGAUUUGGAGACAAGAAGCGAAAGGGGGGAAUUUGAAGGAUGCUCUCCCUUGGACAUGCCUGCUGGUGUAUCUCCCUGGGAACUGGAGAGCCCUGAGCCAUGUUCUCUGCCUUACGAUAUUUCCACAUCUCCUGGUCAUGGCUCCUUACAAGAGGAGUUUGGAAGCACCGCUCAGCACUGGGAAGAGAGGGGCUCUGCACCUUGCUUUCCUUUCCAAGAUCCCGAGCCUUAUGAUCAGCCCUCUCAGUCAGCAUUCGAUUCCAAGCCUUUCCUCUGCUUUGCAUGCCCCAAGCAGUUCCGUCGUGCCACAGAUCUGAAGGAGCACCUGCGGGUGCACACGGGCGAACGGCCCUUUGGGUGUGCUGUCUGUGGCAAGAGGUUCACGCAGAGCUCAGCCCUGGCCACUCACCGGAGACUGCACACUGGGGAGAAGCCCUUUGAAUGUGCCGUGUGCUGCCGGCGCUUCAAUAACUCUUCCAAUUUUGCCAAGCAUCGCCGGCUUCAUGGGCAGGAGGGUGCUGGGCCUGGUGGUAAAGUGGUGGCGAAAGACCAAUGGAGUGCCAAGUCACAGUGACUCUUGAGGAGGAAGUUCUCCAUGGGGAGAUGGCACACUGUAGCUGUUGGCAGAGCUGCGCGUACUUCUGCACCAUUGCAACAGUAGAUGCUGAUUUCAGCGUCUUUGAGAAUCUCAUUUUUAACUUUGUAGAAAACAGCAAGCUUCUAGCCCACGCUUCCUCAGCCUCAGCCCUUCAGAUGUUUUUGGCUUACAACUCCCAUGAUCCUUAGCUAGCAGGCCCAGUGGUCAGGGAUGAUGGGAACUGUAGUCUCAAAACAUCUGGAGGGCUGAGGUUGAGGAAGCCUGUUCUAGACCCACAGGUGUGUUUUGGAUAGAAUGCCAAACGAUGGUUAUGUUUCAUGAGCAAGCCUUGGGUGUGAGUUACUUACCCCCUCUUCUUGAUCUUUCUGGUUCUUGCAGAUUUCCUGCAAACUAGACCUAGAGAUUAUAAUCAAACCAUGGUUUCUAAUUCUGGCUUGCAAGUAAAAUAUGGUUGAUUUAAUCAAAGAUAACAAAGUACAGGAGGAAAUUGGAGCAAGGGAAGGGGAAGGGAGCAGUCAGUAGUGCAGUUACUCAGGAAAGGGUAUUUUAUGCAGCAACGCUCUAUGUGGAACUCUCCCCCAUGGGAUAUUUGUUUGGUCCCUACAGGAGAAAUCUUUUAACAUAAAUUUAAAACACUUUUAUUUACCCAGGCUUUGGGGUCAAACUUGAGUUUUGCAAUUCUCAAGGUAGUAUGCUGCUGUUGCUGCUGCUGCCAACAAUAUUUGUUUCACUUGUAGCUUUAGGCCACCCUGUGCUCCUAUUGGAAGGGUGAGGUACAACAAUGAUGUAUUAAUAAGUCUAAAGGCUUGAUUAUGUAACGUGUGGUUUGGCAUUCCAUCUAAAUGUAGCCAUAGGCUUGAGGGCUAGGAUCUUGCAGCUCUUUUUGUUUGUUUGUUUGCAAUUACCUGUGAACCAAAUCUUACUACUUUUCUUGGUUUGGGCAUUACAUCUGAACCAAACUAAUGAAGAGAGAGGCCUAAAGUGCAUGGCUAACGGUCGGUAACAUUUCUGAAAUUGGGGCAAGGAGUAGCUGAGCACUUCUAGAAACCAGUGCCUUGUACAGGUGUCUGCCCCUUCCCACUGCUAGCAGAAGAAAAAUGGUGUUAUAUGAAAUAAGCAAGUUAUCAUUUACUUCAUUUGUGUAACUACACAAUUGCUAGAGUGCAGAUGGUUUGGGCUGUAAUCCUAUAUCAGUUUUCUUGGAAGAAAGCCCAAUGAACUCAUUAGACUUACUUCUGAGUAGACAUAGGAUUGUACUAAUAGAUACCAACAUUAGGUAUACUGAUGCAGUAUUGGGUUGUUGUUGCUUUUUUAAAAAAGCAGAUGCAUGGUCCUGCUCAUAGCAAUCAUAACCCACAAUUUAUAAUGUGUGUUUUUACCCUCAGGAGGGCAAAUCUGAAAUGAUUUUUUAAAAUGCAUUUGAAAAGAGCUAUAAGUAAAUAAAGAGGAUGAAAAUCAAGAUUUGUUCAUGUUACAACAAGUUGGGGAAAAGGUCUUUAGAAGAAAGGUCCCCCAGUCUUGUAAAAGUUGUAAGCAGAAAUCCAAAGGUAGAAAUAAAAUCUUCUGAAAAGUUGUA